UGGGUUCUCUGCAUCAACACAGCCAGCAUGCCUAUGAUUUCUGUGCUGGGGAAAAUGUUUCUGUGGCAGCGCGAAGGGCCUGGAGGACGAUGGACUUGUCAGACAAGUCGCAGAGUGGCUUCGGAGCCUGCCUGGGCUGUGGAGUGGAUCGAACUCCCUCGAGGUCUCUCUCUGUCUUCCCUGGGAUCUGCUCGGACUCUCCGAGGCUGGAGCCGGUCCCCGCGUCCUUCUUCCGUGGACAGCCAGGACUUGCCAGAGGUGAAUGUUGGAGACACAGUCGCGAUGCUGCCCAAGUCCCGGAGAGCUCUAACCAUCCAGGAGAUCGCUGCGCUGGCCAGAUCGUCCCUGCAUGGUAUUUCUCAGGUAGUGAAGGACCACGUGACCAAGCCCACAGCCAUGGCCCAGGGCCGUGUGGCCCACCUUAUCGAAUGGAAGGGCUGGAGCAAGCCUAGUGACUCACCAGCUGCUCUGGAAUCAGCCUUUUCCUCCUAUUCAGACCUCAGUGAGGGUGAACAAGAGGCUCGCUUUGCAGCAGGAGUGGCCGAGCAGUUUGCUAUUGCGGAAGCCAAGCUCCGGGCAUGGUCUUCGGUAGAUGGCGAUGACUCCACUGAUGACUCUUAUGACGAGGACUUUACUGGAGGAAUUGACACAGACAUGGCUGGGCCUCUGGGGUCCCGCCUCCAGGACCUCUUCACAGGUCGUCGAUUCUCCCGGCCUGUACGCCAGGGCUCUGUGGAGCCAGAGAGCGACUGUUCACAGACCGUGUCCCCAGAUACCCUGUGCUCUAGUCUGUGUAGCCUGGAGGAUGGAUUACUGGGCUCCCCAGCCAGGAUGACCUCCCAGAUGUUGGGUGAAGAGCUGCUCCUCGCCAGACUGCCCCCCAGCCGGGAAAGUGCCUUCCGCAGCCUGGGUCCUUUGGAGGCCCAGGACUCCCUUUACAACUCACCACUCUCAGAAUCCUGCCUUUCCCCUACCGAAGAGGAGCCCGAUUCUUGCAAGGACUGCCAGCUGCUCUGCCCCCUGCCCACAGGCAGCUGGGAAAGACAGCAGCAAGUCUCUGAUUUGGCCUCUUCUGGGGUGGUAUCCUUAGAUGAGGAUGAGGUGGGCCAGUGACCCAGACAUGCCCAGUGGUGGCAUGUUUCCCUGGGCUGCUGCCUGGGGCAGAGCCUCUGUGGCCAAAUGUGGGCUCUGAAGCUUUAGAGGGCUUCUGGGAGCACUCACUUCUCCAUUGUGUGUUUUGCAUGAAAGUGUUUGGAGAGGAGGCAGGGGCCAGGCUAGGGGCGCAUGUCCUGCUUCCACUCUUGGGGUUUGCCGGGGCUCCUGGGGCAUGGCUACAGCUGUGGCAGACAGUGACGUUCAUGUUUUUUGAAUCCAAAAUGCCACAUUUUCUCCUGGGAUGUGAACCUGAGAGGGUUGUGACUGGGCCGGGAUGGUGGGAAUGGAGGAAGCCUGGCCACAUACCCUCCCCCCUCCCCAGUGCCCCUCUCCUGUGCUUUUCUUUUUACCCGAGUCCAUGUGCAGUGCGUGACUGAAGCACCUCCACCUGUGGGGCUGGCUCCUGCCCUCUUGGAGUCUACAGAUUGAGCCAUCCCCUCAGAGUCUCCUAGCCCAGCUGGGUUCUGCUGUGCUUCACCCCUCCAUUGUCUCUAAACCUUUUUUUCCCCUAAAGACAGGGGGUUUCUGGUCUGUUCUUUGAGGCGAUCUUCUUUGGGAGGCACUGGAAAUGAACGAGUGUGCCCUUGCCCCCUCCCUCCCUCUCCUCAACCCUGACCCUUCCCCAGCAUGGCAAGGCUGUGUGGGCACACGCAGAGUCUCAGUAGGGUGGAACUGGAAGAAGGACCGGCUCUGCUUGUUACAGAGCUGGGAGGGCCUUGUCCUUUCAUAGAGGACCACAAGGGGGCCACCCAGGUAGCCAGAUUUGUGCCAAUGACCGGACAGUCAUGAAGGAGUAGCUGUCCUUGGGGGAGGAAAGAGGGUAGUGCUUUUCUUGGCUGAAGAAGGCUGUGGCCACAGUGAUAGGGGCCCUGUCUCAGGCAGGGUGUUCCUGAUCAGCCCGUGGAGGCCUGUGGCCGAUCCGAUAUGACGAGGACACGGGUUGGCAGGCGGCUGCAGAAUGAAUCUCAGAGGCUUGGGCAAUAGGUAAGAGGAUCCAAAGUGAAAAUAUGAGCCAACAGCACAAGUGUUCUAUACAUGAGUGGCUAAUUAGGUGUUAUUCUAUUUAUUGUUUUAUUAAAUUAAUAUAAAAAUCUUUGUAAAUUUC